GGAGAAUGUCAUUUAUUUAUUCGGUAAGAUAAUUCUGUUUCAAUACACAUAAGUUUCGACAUCACGCCAUAAAGUAGAUAAAUAUGUAUAGAAAUGAGAAAGACACGUUAUUACUUCAAAUAUAUAAUAUAUCUGACGAUAAAAUUUGUCUUAUUUGUUUGUCUGUUACUUGUUGCUGAUUCUCUUGUGCAGUUUAUAUUUCGUUUGUAUUAUCUUUGGUGAAAACACGAAAUAUUGUAGCUCAUCCAUUCAGUGAAGAUCAUACUCGUGAUUAUUUGAUAAAUUUAACUGAAUAUGGAACAAGAGUAAGUAAUACACAUGGUCAUUUUCAUGCACGUAAUUUUCUCAUUUCAAAAAUAAAAGGCAUAUGUUCAAUGAACACAAGACAUUGUCGAUGUGAGCUUGAUCUUCAAAAUUUUGCUGAUUCUUAUCGUAAUUAA